GUGGACAUAGACACGGUGGUCGCAGAGGCGCAUAUGCGUACGAGGAUCGCUCCUAUCAAAGACGCGACUAUCACUCCCAAAGCACUUCAUCUCUCCCACAACGCCGUUCAAGCCCAAGCUACUCUCCCAUACGCGAUAGCUCACCCGCCCCAUACAUGAUGAAACCUGCAUUUGGCCGUUCAUCACCUCCGCGAGACCCCGCCACAAGCCCACCGCGUACCUCAUCCCCUCCUCCUAUACCACUUCCUUCUGGCCCUUCUGAAGAAUACCUCAAUGCUUCUCUCGAGCCCUCGAUUCGAAUACAGGACCCUAGUACAUCUCGCAAACUGCUCAUCCUCGACCUGAACGGAACCCUCCUUUUCCGCUCGCAGAAUCGCCGUGCGCCCGACGGGUCUCAGCCUUACCCACACAACUCUGGUGGCUUUGGGCCAAGACUUCGUUCAGUACAUCCGCGCCCAUAUGCUCCCUCGUUCGUGCAGUACCUUUUCGCGCCGGAAACGCGAGCGUGGCUCGACACGAUGGUUUGGUCUUCGGCACAGCCACAUAGCGUGGGCGAUAUGGUGGAUAAGGUGUUUGGCGAGGCGAGGGCAAAGCUGAGGGCGGUAUGGGACAGGCAGAGUUUGGGUCUGGGUAGAGAUCAGUAUCAUCGAAAGACACAGACGACCAAAGAUCUUGCGAAGCCUUGGAUGCUCCUGUCCGGCCACUCGAAUCCGCACACUACGCUCCUCCUGGACGACUCUCCGCUCAAAGCACGCCUCCAGCCAUACAACCAUGUUUGUCUUCCUGAGUAUACCGGCGGACUUCGCGCAAAGGAUGUGCGUGCGCUUGAGCUCAUUGAGCACGAGCGUGGACGCGAAGUGGGGCGACAAGAUGACAGGGCUCAAGAAGAAGGAACGGAGGCGAACGUUGGUGCUGUGGAGAGCUCGUCGCCUGAGUCGAAGAAGCGCAAGCGGGCACAGCGGGAUGUCUCGGGUUCUCACUCUCCUUCGUCCGUCCCUUCAUCCGCGGAUGUCGAACCCUUCGACCCAACUCUGUUGGCUGUCAUUGGCGUGCUCGACGCGCUCAAGCACGAGAGCAAUGCCGCUGCAUGGGUCCGCGCUCGUGGUCUGUUUGCCGCUCUCACCACCGAUGGCUCCUUAUCACCCCCGUUGACUGCUGUUGACGCUGCAAGCUUAGUCGAAGUCGACGAAGAUGAAGCUGAGUGGACUGGUAUUUCCACCACCGAUGGAGAACCAUCCGCGGCGACGGAGGAUAAUGCUGUUCCGAGCGCGCCCAACGCAGCUGCUCCACAGCUCAAUCGGCGCCUGCUCAAGAAACAGCGCAAGCGGGAGGAGAAAGCCACCGCACGUGCUGCUCAAGUCGACACCAAAGCCGAGGGAGGGAAUGACGGGGCGGAGGCAGGGGAGGGGGAGAAGAUGUGGUUCGCCGACGCUCGCAACUAUGCCUGCUGGGUUGCGCGUGGGCGGGGUGCGUUGAAGGAGUUGGGGAUCGAGGAGAUGUAUGGCGUGAGAAAUGCAAAUUGAUGAUAGCUUGGUUCGCAGGAGAACGUGGUAUAGUAGGUUACAAUCUAAUCACUGCUUCGCUCACACUACGCAUGAAUGUUAUGACGAGAAGCCCAAACGUCGGGACCC